GACAGGUCCGGCGGGGAGAGGAUGGCCUGAUUCAGGGACAAUGAAGAUGUGAUGCUGAAGAAUAAGGUGGAGGAGAGAAGCAACAGGCACCAUGGAAAAAACCAAAACCAAGCAAGGAGAGAAUGAACAUAAGCCGAUGAAUAAUCCUUCCACGCAGAUUUACCAGUUGCAGGCUCUAGCCUCCGAACUCAAAACUGGCUUCACAGAAGCAAUGCAAGAACUGUCAAGAAUUCAACAUGGAGAAUAUGCUUUGGAAGAGAAGGUUAAGAGCUGCAGGUGCUCCAUGGAAGAAAAAGUUACUGAGAUGAAGAAUUCAUUGAACUAUUUUAAGGAAGAGCUGAGCAAUGCCAUGUCAAUGAUCCAGGCCAUCACUUCCAAACAAGAAGAAAUGCAACAGAAAAUUGAACAGCUUCAACAGGAGAAGCGAAGAGAAUCUCGAAAAGUUAAAGCCAAGAAAACUCAGAAAGAAGAACAUGGCUCACAGGCCGGACCUGCUCAAGCACAAGGAAGUCCUUUCCGUUCCAUCAACAUCCCUGAGCCUGUUCUUCCAAGUGAAGACUUUACAAACCUUUUGCCUUCUCAGGCCUAUGAAAAAGCCGCAGAGUCCAGAUCCAUACAUGUAGGAGACAGCGGUGUGAAGGGAAUGAUGGGUCCUGGAAUGAACCCGACGACUCCAGAAGCAGAAGAAAACCUUAAGUCUUGCCUCCCGGCUGAUAUUCAACCCAAGGGCCACCUCCCACCUGGUGUGUGGAGGCUGCCGAAAGACAGUAAAGAAUGGGGUGAAGAAUAUGUCACGAAAGACCACCCAGAUAAACUCAAGGAAGCUGGCCAGGGCAGACACAGCUCCUUGGAAAACAUUUUAUGUGAAACCUCUUUAGCUGCUAAAAGACAGACUGUGGCUCUAGAACUGCUUGAAUCAGAAAGAAAAUACGUCGUUAACAUCUCUCUGAUCCUGAAGAUCAAGGCAACAUUCCAGGGGUCAGACGGAAAGAGGAAUUCCAAAGAGAGAAGCCUCUUCCCUGGCUCUUUACGGUACCUUGUCCAGCAGCACUUGGAUUUGCUUCACGCUCUGCAGGAAAGGGUCUUGAAGUGGCCACGCCAAGGAGUCCUUGGGGAUUUAUUCCUUAAGUUAACAAAUGAUGAGAAUAAUUUUUUGGAUUAUUAUGUUGCUUACCUGAGGGACCUGCCUGAAUGCAUCUCUUUGGUUCAUGUGGUUGUUCUGAAGGAGGGUGACGAAGAGAUUAAGUCUGACAUCUACACACUCUUUUUUCACAUAGUCCAGCGCAUCCCUGAAUAUCUGAUACAUCUGCAGAACGUCCUGAAGUUCACAGAGCAGGAACACCCUGACUAUUACCUACUUCUGGUGUGUGUGCAGCGCCUGCGAGUAUUUAUCUCACACUACACCCUGCUGUUUCAGUGCAAUGAGGAUUUGCUUAUUCAGAAACGGAAAAAGCUCAAGAAGUCCUCCAUGGCGAAGCUGUACAAAGGGCUGGCUUCCCAGUGUGCAAAUGCCGGGCAAGAUGCUUCUCCCACUGUAGGCCCCGAGGCCGUCCGUGACAGUGGGAUCCACUCAGAAGAGAUGCUGCAGCCCUACCCUUCUACUCCCAGUUCUGGCCCUGCUGUCACACACCUGAUGCCCCCCGUGAAGAAGAGCCCACAGCAGCCAAGCCUGAUGGAGAGCAUGCAGCCCGGCAAGCCCAGCGACUGGGAGAUGGAGGGCAGAAAGCACGAAAGGCCCGAGAGCCUGCUGGCGCCGGCGCAGUUCUGUGCCGCCGAGCAGGACGUGAAGGCGCUCGCCGGGCCCCUGCAGGCCAUCCCGGAGAUGGACUUCGAGCCCUCGCCGGCCGAGCAGCUGGGCAACGUGGAGCGCUCCCUGCGCACCCCGGCCGAGCUCCUGCCCGACGCCCGCGGCUACGUGCCCGCGGCCUACGAGGAGUUCGAGUACGGCGGCGAGAUCUUCGCGCUGCCCGCGCCCUACGACGAGGAGCCCUUCCAGGCCCCGGCCCUCUUCGAGAACUGCUCGCCCGCCUCUUCCGAGUCCAGCCUGGACAUCUGCUUCCUGCGGCCCGUCAGCUUCGCCAUGGAGGCCGAGCGGCCCGAGCACCCGCUGCAGCCGCUGCCCAAGAGCGCCACGUCGCCGGCCGGCAGCAGCGGCGCCUACAAGCUGGAGGCGGCGGCGCAGGCGCAGGCGCACGGCAAGGCCAAGCCGCUGAGCCGCUCGCUCAAGGAGUUCCCGCGCGCGCCGCCGCCCGACGGCGCGGCCCCGCGCCUCUACAGCACGCGCAGCAGCAGCGGCGGCCGCGCGCCGCUCAAGGCCGAGCGCGCCGCGCAGCCCCACGGCGCGGCCGCCUCCGCCCGCGGCGCGCCCAGGACCUUCUUUCCCCAACAAAGGUCCCAAAGCGAAAAGCAGACCUAUUUGGAAGUAAGGAGGGAGAUGCAUUUAGAAGAUGCCACCAGAUUCUGUCCAAAGGAAGAAAGAGAAAGCGAACAAACAUCUUUCAGCGAUCAAAACCCCAGGCAAGACCAGAAAGGGGGCUUUCGCAGCUCCUUCCGCAAGCUCUUUAAAAAGAAGUCCAGUGGAUCAGAAUACAGGGAAAAAACUAAUGAGAAUCCCUCAAUGGAUCCUUCACCCACCAAACAAGAUUUCUUCAGAAACCGACUUGCUCUUGCAAAUGACCUUGACCAAGGAACAGCUGUGUAAAACAUACUUAAAGUUGUAUUGUCAAGUGGUAAGAUGAGGAUAAAAGGCUUGUAUAUAUCUGUGUAGGAAUAUAUAUAUAUAUAUUGAUGUAUAAA